ACUAUAGAGGCUGAGAAAAAGGCUUGCUGGGUUCAGAGAUCAAACGCCAGCUUUGAGAGUCAGAAGGUCUGUCUCCCAGGGAAAUGCUGCUUUUGCCACUUCUGUUGCUUGCGGUUCCCAUCCCAGGUGGUGACAACGAGCCAGCUUUCCAGGGCCCGACCACUUUCCACCUCAUCCAGAUAUCGUCCUUUGCCAACAGCACCUGGGCACAAAACCAGGGCUCUGGCUGGCUGGGCGAUUUGCAGAUUCAUGGCUGGGACAGUGAGUCGGGCACUGCCAUUUUCCUGAAGCCUUGGUCCAAGGGCAACUUGAGUGACGAGGAGGUGACUGAGCUGGUGGAGAUCUUCCGAGUCUAUUUGAUCGGAUUUCUCCGGGUCGUACAGGAUCACGUCAGUGAAUUCCAGCUGACAUGCUCCUCCUUCUCGCUCCCUGCCACCUCCUCUGGAUGCCUGCAGGCUGUUCAGCGCUGCCACCAUUGGAUUCGCAGAGUUGACCCUGGAGGCUGGGAG